AUGGCAGUGAGCCUCCUGGCCAAUGACGUGUCGGACCUCUUCAUCGGCAAGCCGGCCAUGAGGUCCCUCCCGCUCUCCGCGGCCGCCGGCGACCUCGCUGCCACGGUCCGCACAGGGCCCUGCGCCGCCGCCGCCGUCGGCCCGGCGCGCGGCGCCAUCAUGGGACGUGCCGGCCUCGCCGACGUCCUCUGCCUCCUCUACUCCUUGCCCGACGCGCUCGCGCGCCCUGCCGCCGCACUCGACCGGCCCAUCUCCGCGCUCCUCCCUAAGGACGGCGCCGGCGAGGUCCGCCGCGUAGAUCCCCGUUCAAGGAGGUAG